GACGUCUUCAUGUGCUUACUGUCAACCCAUAUAGAGCCUUACUCCGACGCGUCCGAUAUCUCAAUGAUUACUUCCUGCUAAACACUAAUCAUACUUAAUCUAACCACCAUAAUGACGAACUCCGAUCAAGAAAGAAGCACGACACCUCAGCCUGGAGGGCCUUUGGCUGUACCAUUAUCCUCUUCUCCAGGUUCGUUGAGGAGUAGAACGUAUGGAACUUCGGUGCCGCGCGCUGAUGUCACUGCUCGCCUCGCUUCCCCCGUGCCCUCUCAAAUAUUCGGAACUCCACCGAUACAAAGGCCCCAGCCAACGAAUAGGGAUGACGAAGUUGCCGAGAACUCAGGACCUCUUGCGGGUGCUGGCCAAAGUUUCACUGGUCCCGGCGUGUCUGCUCUUGCUGCAGCUCUUUCAAAUUCCGUAGGAGCCUCGCCCCCAAGAUUUGGUACUCCGCCGAUACGAUCGUCGUCACCAGUCGGGACAGCUUCAGGUCUACAGCCGUCUAUAACACCAACAAACUAUGGUUCCUUCGAGGCGCGAUCAAGACAUUUACAAAGUGGUGGUACCGGUGCUUACGAAGACCCUGAAAUUAUCAAGAGGCAUUUGGUCCAACCUACCGACACCGGAGACUCAGGAUCUAACAAUGGCGAUAAUUCAAAAGGCAAGCAAGUUGGCGAGGCCGCCGAUCCUGGGCGCAUUGAUGACGAAUUUUCGAGUUUGAGAUUGCAGGGAGGAGACAUAACACGCCAGAUCUAUCGAUGGACCGAAGAUGCCGAAGACCGAAGCCGUCAUCAGCGUAGCAAGAGUUUCAGUCAUGCCAGGGACGAUCCUGAAAGCGAUGUCCUCGAUAUAAAUUCCAUUAAGAUCCCUGGCGGUUUUAGACGGAAUUAUCUUAGGCGAGCUGGCCAAAGCCCGUCCUUGGACCCGCAAAGAGUAGAAGCAGGUCAAAGCACUUCAAGGGGUAGACAGGAUCCUCAGUUGUUCACUAACAGUUUCCUGGAGUUUUUGUCUAUCUACGGCCACUUUGCAGGUGAAGAGCUUGAAGAGGAUGACGAAGUUUUAGGACCUGGCGAGUAUUUCUCCUCUGGAGAAAGUGAGGAUUACUAUGAUAGCGAGGAGGAAAGAGAACCGAUGGAAGACAGCGCCCUGCUGACACCGUCCAAGCGCAAGAGAAGAAGAAAGGUCAGAGGCGGCAGCGGCAACAAUUCCCCUUUCAACGCCGCUUUACUUCUCCUAAAGUCGUUCGUUGGCACAGGAGUGUUGUUCUUACCCCGGGCCUACUUCAAUGGUGGUAUGAUUUUCAGUAACCUAGUUCUGCUCUUCGUCGCGGCACUAAGCUACUACUGCUUCGUGCUGCUAGUCACCACACGGUUGAAAGUCGAAGGGUCUUUUGGUGAUAUCGGAGGUAUCUUGUACGGCGAUUGGAUGAGAAAACUGAUUCUAUUUUCGAUCGUCGUCAGUCAGAUUGGAUUUGUCGCAGCCUAUAUCGUAUUCACGGCGGAAAAUUUGCAAGCUUUUAUCCUUGCUGUCUCUGACUGCAACACAUAUAUUCAAGUCACUUACUUGAUCUUGAUGCAGAUGAUUAUCUUCCUGCCAUUCUCUCUGUUCCGGGACAUCGGGAAACUUGGUUUCACAGCUUUAAUAGCAGACGCUUUCAUUGUUAUUGGCCUGGCAUAUCUUUUCUACUAUGAUAUUCUCACUUUGAGCACUAACGGUCUCGCGGAUAUCAUCCAAUUUAACCAAAAAGACUGGACACUCUUCAUCGGCACGGCUAUCUUCACCUUCGAAGGCAUCGGCCUUAUCAUCCCUAUCCAAGAAUCGAUGAAAUCGCCUUCCAAGUUCCCCAAGGUCAUGUUUUAUGUCAUGAUCAUCAUUACAGUCCUCUUCAUCACCAUGGGUGCGGUAUCUUACGCCGCAUACGGUUCAAAGACGGAGACUGUUGUUCUUCUGAACCUACCCCAAGAUAACAAGCUUGUCAAUGGCGUCCAAUUUCUAUACUCGCUCGCUAUCCUCCUCUCAACGCCCUUACAGAUUUUCCCUGCUAUUCGUAUCACCGAGAACGCCCUGUUCACGAGAAGCGGCAAGUACAACCCCUACAUCAAGUGGCAGAAGAACAUGUUCCGUUUCCUCGUCGUCUUCCUCUGUGCUUUCAUUGCCUGGGGAGGCGCAGAUGAUUUGGACAAGUUCGUUGCCCUUGUCGGGAACUUUGCCUGCAUUCCCCUCGUGUAUAUCUAUCCGCCACUGCUCCAUUAUAAGGGUGUAGCUCGAAGCCGGGUCCGAAAAGUAACCGACAUUGCUCUCUGCAUAUUUGGAUUUAUCGCCAUGGCAUACACCACCAGCUUGACGGUAAUUAGCUGGGCUAGCGGCCCCUCUGGCCCAAGCCUACCGAAAUAUUGCGAUCCUAACAAGUUCUAAAACUACAAGACAAUAUUAACAUUGUCUUUACCUCUUAAAAUUGUAUAUUACUUGAACCAGCAGCAUCGGGGGGUGCCACAGAUUUAGAAACUUCCCUAUCUACACAGGAGAUGGAGAUUGUCCACGCGGAAUAGAGUUCAUAUGCAUAGCUGUUUAGCAUUGGAGUGGAUUAUCUUCAUGUUG